GUCUUUUUGCUUUGACAGCACCGUUCGAAAAUAAAAAAUUUAAAACGUGCUCCGGUGAACAUAUUCGUUAUUCUGCUGGAAAAUAUUGUUAUCGAGAAAUUUUUCACUUUUCCAACCAUCGAAAGUUCCCAGCAGCCACAACAAUGGAAAAAUACGCCGUCCCAAACAAACUACCGGCGGAAGAAAUCAGCAUUUUGGCUCAGCGCAAGUCGCGCAUCAAGCGGGAAGCCAACCAAUGGGUAAGAAAGCCACUUCCAGCGAAUCGCAAGACCAAAUUCUGCAAGCCGGAGUUUUUCAUUGCCGAUUGCCGUAAAGCGGAACGUGAUGCCAAGCGAAUCAAGAGGAACUUCCUGAAGACGGGAAUUCAGCUUAAGGAUAAAGACAUCCAGCACGGUCGGCUUAUCCUGGUGUUCCGCCACCGGGGCAAGUAUAUCGCCAACAAGGAGGUAAUGCAUAUUCUAACCAAAAUGGGCCUACCGUACAAACGACGGGCGGUGCUGCUGAAGUUAACCGAAGGUGUCCAUGCGAUGCUGAAAAUGGUCGAACCGUGGAUCAUUUGGGGAUAUCCAAACAUCAGUACGGUGCGAGAGUUAGUUUACAAGUACGGUUUGUUUAAGCCGGAAAAUGGUGCGAAGGGACCAAAGAAGAUUCCGAUCGCUUCCAAUAAACUGGUGGAGGACAAAUUUGGACAUCUAGGUAUCAUCUGCGUGGAAGAUCUACUACACGAACUGUUAACAGUUGGUCCGAACUUUAUCAAGGUCACGAAAAUUCUGCACACAUUCGAGCUUCGGUCGCCAGCGGAUGGUUGGAAAACGGCACGGAAGGGAAAGUUACGAUCGUUGGGUGGUGAAGCCGGUUUCCGGGGAGAGGAGAUUAACGAAUUCUUCAAGCGGCUGCUGUGAGGUUGUUUUGUAAGUUUUUUUCCUUGUAUUUGAAUCAAAUAUUUUGUGUAAAUAGACGAGUUAAGAAACUUUAUAAGAGAAA